CAGAUGGACGUAUAUUCCUUUGUUUGUGUUUCAGAAAUAUUUGCAGCCCUUGAAAAGCCCUGAAAAUGCCGGCCUAGUAGAUGCAUCAGUGGUUGAUGCCAUGUUUUAUCAGAUCCCUGCAAUUCUUGCGCAUCAUGAGGUGUUCCUUGAGGAGCUGCGGAAGAGGCUUGAUCACUGGGACAUCAAACAGAAAGUUGGAGACGUUUUUUUGGAUGUGUUUACAAAACAGGCUGUAAUUGAAACAUACACAUUAUUCCUCAACAACUUUAAGACAGCAAAAGAAGCAAUCAAGACCACAUGCCAAGCAAAACCUGCAUUUGCCAGAUUUCUGGAG